AUGGCGGACGCUAUAUCCACGUCUACUGAGGAUUCACAGGAUUUGAAAAGCAGAAAUGGUGAUUUUUUUGAAAACUAGUUUUGAAAAAUUAAAAAAUUAUAUUUUAGGUAACAUUAUACGAAUUUUAAAAAAAUAGUGUUUUAAUGGUUGAAAAGUCAGUAGAAUUGUCUUUUUAUUGUAAUUUGUGAUUUUUUUUUACUUUUGACACACUUUUUGACCUGUUUUAAAAAUUUUGAAAGUUUUUAUAAUGGUGUAUAUAAUAUCAAACUGAGCCUUAAUGCUUUCAUAAUGUUAUGAUUAUGUUUAUUUUUAGAUUUUCAAAUCCCUGAAAAACUAAAGACGCCUCUGAAGAUAUUUGGAGGCCUGUUUGUACUCGUUUUAAUAGGAUUACUAAUAUGGAUAGGUAUGUUAACAUCAAUAUCACCUAAAAUUAAAAAAAAUGUGUUAACGCCAUAAUUUAGUGACAUUUUGGGAUAAAUAUGUUAAUUAAAGUCUUUUCAAGUCAAAUUUUAUUAAUUUCAGAGUUAUCAGACAGAUCUACGUACCUAGGUCAUCAUACGUUUGAAGAUGGUUGUGUUAGAAGGUAUUUUGGAGAAGAUUCGUUUGCUUGUGUAUGUAACGCGACUUACUGUGACACGGUGAGACCAGUCGGACAUUUAGAGAGGAACGAAGCCAUUAUCUAUGAGACGUCGGCUGAGGAAUCUCGGCUUCGAAGGCUGUAUCAUCGGUUCAAAACUGAUCAGUCCGGUGAGUAAUAUAUUUGGUAAUAAUAUGAACCUGAGCUUUGGGGUUAUUUUUAAAGUACGCUUUGGUUAACAUGGUUUUUUAUUUACAUAUAAAAGUAUCUAUAAUAAUGGUACUGCUUUUAUAUUAACUGUAACAUGUUUAGAGCACGACCAUGUAAUAAGAGUAGAUCUUCUUCAUCCCAAACAUACGAUUAUGGGCUUUGGUGGAACUUUAUCAGACUCAGCCUUUGUCAAUAUUGUCAAGUAUCAGAAUUUAACGAAAGAAAUACUUCAUCAAUACUUUGGAUCUCAAGGUAAGUCAAUUUUAAUCUCAAGGUGGGCAACAUACCGCGACUUGUCUUCGAGUUUGGUAGCUAAUACUCACUUUAUUGUGUUUUGGUCUAAAAGUUUGUCGAAUAAUCUUGUUUUUUAUUUUGCCGUGUUCUUACAUGGUGAUAAACUUAUAUUUUCAUUUCAGGAUUACGUUACAAUAUAUUAAGAGUGCCAAUCGGAGCUACAGAAUUCUCUAGUGAAUGCUACACAUUGGAUGACAAAUCAUAUGACUAUGGCCUUCAGAUGUUCUCAUUGGAUAAUGAUCACAAGGUAAAGCUUUUUACAUAAUAAGUUGUCCACAUAAUUCUUUGCAAUUUAAAAAUUUGCUUUUAGUAGGGGGACAGAAUUAUUUGAACAAUUUGAUAAUUAAAAAAAAUAUUUGAAAUUUCAGAAAUGACUUUAAGCCUAGAAGAUUACUCAAAAACGAUUUUUAAGCCUAAAAAAUACUAAUUUGACCACAUUUUAGUUACCCUUCAUCAAAGACAUUUUGGAGUUGAAUAAAGAUAUUAAGCUAUUGGCCGUUGCUCAUACGGCACCAGGUUGGAUGAAGGAUACUCAUAAGAUAAUAGGGCCAGCUGAAUUGAGAAUGAUCGGUCGAGCAGUGGAGAUAUAUUACACUUUGUAUGCUGAAUAUCUGAUAAGGUAGGUCUGUAUAAUAUUAAUGGAUAAUAUUAGGUCGUUUAAAUAAUUCUGUGUUCCUUUUCAAAGCAUAUUUUUGGCGUCAAGAGGCAAGGAAUUAUUUGAACAACCUAAUAUUAAGAUUAAAGGUUUGAUUAGGUAGGUUUAUCAAAAAUGAGUUAAACAUUGAGUACAGUACUUAAUAUUGACAUUAUAACAUGCGAAUGUAUGAACUAGUUCGAAUUUAUGUAAAAUACGAUUGCUAAAUAAUGUUAUCUUUAGAUAUUUGGAAGAUGCUCAUAAAUUAGGCCUAAAAUUUUGGGGAAUAUCACCAUUGAAUGAGCCUUUGACAGGCUUAACUACGAACGACACAAGUUCACCUAGGUUAUCGAUGGCUCCAGAACAUCAACGGUAAGCUUUGGAAAGUACUUUUUGUGUUUCAGAUAUUUAAAAGAGUAUGUUACAUUUACAAAAACAAGAAAAAAAGUUAUUUUUGUUUCAAUAAAUAGUGUUUAUUACUGUAACUUUGCAAAUUUAGAGCUUUUAUCAACGAUGAAUUUGGCCCAGCUUUGAAGGGAAAUUCAGGAACAAAAGAUGUUAAUAUUGUGUUUCAUGAAGAUACCAAAGAGUCUUUACUUGGCAAUAUUAAUACGGUAAGUUGCCUCAUAGUAUCGCAUUGUUUUAGACAUAACACACUAUAUUAAACGACGUUUAGGGCUAUAGUCGCUGGAUACAAGGUUACUUUAAUUUUGUUACGUAAAAUAAGUUCUCUCUAAAUGCAGCUUGUGAUAAAGUAAAAUAUAUUGUCUAUAGUAAUAUUGUUUUAGCUUUUCCAAGAUGGUGAUGGUUUUGUGGAUGGAUUUGCUGUACAUACCUACUUUACUAACAAUAACAAGUCUAUUAACAAUCUUGUUCAGACUCACAACUUUUUGCCAAACAAGUUCAUUCUUACUACUCAAGUAAGUUUAUAUUGUUUGUAUCGAUAUAGUAGUUGAUAUAUUACCUACUACAAUAUAAUGUUAAAGUAUGAAAUGCUGUAAAUUGGCAAUAGAACAGAAUUUUGUUUUAUAGUGGAAAAUAGCUCAUUUACUGUCAUUACUUCGUAUUACUUUGAUUUUUAUAACUAUUUUUUUCACUUUAUGGUAUUUUAGGUUGUUCAGGUAAGUCUGAGCCUUUUAACUCCUAAAAUUUCCUUUGAUAUAGGCUCAGAAUUAUUUGAACGAUCUAAUAGACCUUUGUACGCCAGUGUACCUACUCUAUACUACAAAAAAUCUGAUUCUAGGCGAUUCACCGAGACCGUGUAGCACAAGGAAGUUGGAAAUACGCGGCCGAUUAUGCGUCCGACAUAAUAACAUCGUUGAACAACUACGUGAACGGCUAUGUCGAUUACAAUUUGGCGUUGAACGAACAAGGAGGACCGUCGCUGAAUUGGCAGACGGCUGCCGCUUCGAUCAUCGUGAACUCGAAAGGAGCUACCGAGUUCUACAAGCAACCUACUUUCUAUGUUUUGGGGCAUUUUAGGUAUGAUUUUGAGGUUGGGGGUUUGAAAAAAAAUUUUGUAUUUUACGAGGUUUUAUGAUUUUAGGUAACAGUUAACAUUUUUAAGUUAAAUUUUGGUAUUUUAGGUAAUAUUUUACUUUUUUAGGUAACAUUUUUUAAAAGACGGUUGUUUACUACAACGUUUAAGCCAUAUGUUAUCACUUUACCCCUAUAACAAUAUAAUUUUAGCCACUUCAUACCCGCAGGCUCCAAAGUCCUACCAAUCCAGAUUGGAACUCCAGAAGGUCAAACUAAAUUCCCUGAGGGCCCAAUUGAAUGUUUGGCAGUACAAACCCCAGAAUAUAAUGUGGUACUCAUUCUGCACAACAAAGACACCGAGAAGACUCAUCGACUGACGAUUGAUGCAUCGACCGAAAAGACUAGUCGAUUUUUGUCAUUGGAAUUGGUGCCCAGUUCGAUUAGGACUGUCAUCUGGAGACUCGAAGCUGAGUAA